AUGGCUCAGGUGAGCUUCCCUGCCUUGCGCUGCCUACUGCUCAAACCUGUGUAUACCAUCUUCAGCAUGCUGACUUCCCCCUUCGCAGACAGCUCUUCCGACGACGACAUGGGCCCUCAGCUCCCAAGCGAAGCCCCGAAGAAGAAGCGCCGCGUCCUGCCCUACGAGAAGCUCUACAUCGCCGCCCUGCCCAAGUCACUCGCUACUCCAAGUCGAGCUUUGCAACAGCGUGGCGUCGACGACACGCUGAAAAUCUUUGACAUUACGACCUUUGACCUGCUCGCCAUGAUCAACCUCGCCUUCACCCCUCGGUGCAUCUGCUGGGUACAUAACAGGGGCGCCUCGGUGCCGCUGCUCGCCGUGUCGGAAGACGCCAAACCUCUGGUCCACAUCUUCGACGGCAGAGGCGAGAAACAGGAGCCGACACAGACCAUCAAGUCUCUCCACCGAAGCCCUGUCAGGAUCAUGUCGUUCAACAGUCGCUACGAUUGUGUCGUGUCGGUAGAUGACAAGGGCCUUGUUGAAUACUGGCGGCCGAGCGGCGACUAUGAGAAGCCCGACAAUGUAUUCGAGUACAAGGCUUCCACGAAUCUCUUCGAAUUCAAAAAGGCCAAGACUGUCCCUACGUCUUUGAGCAUCUCGCCGGACGGCCAGCAGUUCGCUGUCUUCUCACAGCCCGACAGGAAGAUACGCGUGUUCGACUUUGCCUCGGGAAAGCUGCACAGGACAUAUGACGAGUCCCUCCAGGUCAUCGAAGAGAUGCAGCAGGCCGGAACUGCCUUGUCAAAACUGGACGCCGUCGAGUACGGCCGCAGGUUCGCGCUGGAGCGUGAAAUCGAUUCUCCGGCCUACAGCGACAAGGCCAAUGUCGUUUUUGACGAAUCUGGAAACUUCAUCAUAUACGGGUCCAUCUUUGGCAUCAAGGUCCUCAACACGUUUACGAACAAGGUGGUCAAGGUGUUUGGCAAGGAUGAGAACUUCAGGGCAGUCAACCUGGCGAUCUACCAGGGCCAACCGCAGAAGAAGGGAAUCACCACAGUCGAGAUGGGCGCCUCGAGCAAUCCCUUACUGCAGGAGUCAGAAUCUAGAGACCCCAUUCUGUUCGCGACGGGCGUGGGCAAGGUCCGUUUCUACAUGUUCACAAACGAAAGCGAGGUCUCCAAGUCGGUCAGGGACGUUCAAAACGAGAAGCCGACAAUGCUAGGCAAGCAGAAGGCGGCUGAAGCCAAGACGGCCGAGACAGGCACCGCUGCCGUGCUGCACACAACAUAUGGCGACAUCAGCAUUCGUCUCUUCCCCGAUGCCGCACCAAAGGCUGUCGAGAAUUUCGUCACACACUCUAAGCGAGGCUAUUACAAUGGCACGAUUUUCCAUCGCGUCAUCAAGAAGUUCAUGAUCCAGUGCGGCGACCCCAUGGGCGACGGCACAGGUGGCGAGAGUAUCUGGGGCAAGGAGUUUGCGGAGGAAUUCAGCACUUUGAAGCCCGAUUAA